AUGGCUGUUGGCGGCUGUUUCUGCGGCAAGGUUCGAAUCGAAUAUAGCGGCCAGCCUCUAGCAUCGGCACUGUGCCAUUGUCUCGAUUGUCGCAAACUUACCGGGGCAGCCUAUAGCUACAAUUUCAUCAUCAAAAGUGACGCACUGCAAGUCUCUGGAAGUCCGAAAGAAGUGGCAAAAACAUCGGAUAGUGGAAACGCUAUCAAGAAUUAUUUCUGUCCUGACUGUGGCACGCCGCUUUUUGGACGCAAGAUACAAUCCAAUGGAGAUUAUGCCGAGACUACAGUUGUCCGGGCUGGAAUAUUUGAUGAUAGUGGGAUUUUGAAUGAACGAACGCCUGUGGUGGAGAUAUAUACCGAGCAACGAUUGAAAUGGGUAAGUCCCAUCGAAGGGGCUGAUCAAUUUACCGGCAUGUUGCCACUACCAUAA